AAGGAGGGUGAGAGAGGGUAGAAUAAAAUAAUAUUGGCAGGGAAGUCGUGGUUGAAACAGUGGUAGGACUGUCAGCAGUACGUCGACAGUGGCGACUGUGACUCGAGAAAGGAAAAAGAAAGAGAGAAGAUAAAGAAAGAAAGAAAGAAAGAAAAGAAGAAGGAGAGAGAGAAAUAGAAAGAGAGAGAGAGAGAGAGUGAGUGCAAGAGAGAAGGGUGUGCGUGUGUCGAAUUUAUCUGGUGCGAUGCGUUUGCCAAAAUUCGAGUCGACCUUUCGAACGUGUGCGUGAAAGAGUGAGUAAGAGAGAAGGAGAAAGAGAGAGAGAGAGAGAAGACCUUGUGCGCGUGCGAAAGAAAGAGAGAGAGAGAGAGAGAGAGAAGAAGAAAUAUACAGUGUAUAUGAGUGAGAUAGGUUGAUAGUUGUGUGUUGUCUUGAGAAUCAAGCGAACCUGUGUGUGCAUCACUAAGCUACACAAGAAAGAAAGAAAGAAAGAAAGAAAGACAUUAAAGGAUAGAAAGAGAGAAGAAUAUAAAUAGAAGAAAGAGAUAAUAAAUAAAAAUAUAUAAUUGGGAAAAUAAAAGGGCGGAACGUUGUUGCAGUUGCAGUUGUGUCGCGUUGUCGAGCGACACGCGAGUGUCUCUGAUUCUUUGUGCUUUGUGUCGUCAUAGUCGUUCUCUCUCUCUCUCUCUCUCUUCUCUUCUCUUUUCUUCUCUUCUCUCUGGCAUCGCGUCUAUCGCGAGGAAGCUGGAAACACGAUGGCGUAUGUAGUGUUCAUCCGUUAGAGAGUUAGUAGAGGGACAUUACGAACGAACCCUUAAUGGGAAGAAAUAUUUUCGAUGAGAUAGAAGAGAAAGGGGAAGACAAAUAAAAGAGGGAGACAUAAAGUUUUUUUUUGGGGAUAAUAAGUUGUGGUGUAAUAACGAGAAGAAGAAGAAUAAAUAAUAAUAAUAAUAAUAAUAAUAAUAAUAGUUUUAGGAAAUUUGAAAGAAGUCAAGAAGAAUAAGAACUAAGGACUACUACUACUGGCUGAGAGAUUUAAAAAAUCGAAGAAAACAUUCAGGAGUACAGUAUUUCUUAUCUCUGGUGGUGGUAGAGUGGUGAUAGAUAGUGGUGGUGUGAUAGUGGUGGUGGUAGUGAUGAUGUUGGUGUUGUAUAGCAACUAAGAUUUCUGCUGGUUGUACAUGGAAUGAUAAUAAGAAUCGAUUGAACAACAAUAACAACAACAACAACAACAACAACAACAACUAUGGAUUAUCAAUCAAAAUAAUCAAGAAAAUUUCUUUUUUAAAUAUCUCUUCUUCUUCUUCUUCUUCUUCUUCUUCUUGUUUGAGUGUAGUUUUACUUCUCGAUGUGUUUUAUUUGUGUGUUUUACUACCGUUGUUCAUUCAAUAAUAAUAGUUUACACUUGUGAGAAUUUAACAAUGGACUUUGUUGAAGGAAUAAAGAAAAAGAAAGAAAGAUAGAUAGGAUAGGAUAGAAUAGCAUAGAUAGUGAAAGAUUGUUUAUAAAAAACAGAAUAAGAAAAAAAAAAAGAAGAAUAAUUAUAGUUACGAUGAUCAGUGAUACGUGCGGAUACGUCCUCUUCCUACUACUGCUGUUGCUGGUUCCAUACAUCGAAAGUGCUCGGCGAUUAAACGAAUAUAUUCGUCAUUACGAACCACUUUCCUAUCCAACGGGGGAGGUCCACAGAGGUCACCUGAGGGCCAAGAGGUCGGUCACCCGCAACAAUUUCGUGACUUUAAAGUUUCGUUCGCACGACAGAGACUUUCACAUUCGACUGAAGCGAGACCUGAACACGUUUAGUGAUAAUCUAGUUAUAGAAGGUCCUAGUGGUCGUCAAGAGGAACUUGAUACCUCGCAUAUUUACGAGGGUCAUCUUAUUGGUGAAUCAGGUAGUCAUGUAUUCGGUAGCAUCACCGAUGGUGUCUUUCAUGGGAAGAUAGUGUCGUCACGUGCUGGUGCAUGGUACGUGGAAAGAGCACACUAUUAUUUUCCACCGCACGAGAUAAACGAGACCUUGCAUUCCGUGAUCUAUCACGAAAAUGACGUUGGUGAUCCGUACGCUGAUGUACGACAAGGUGACUCAGGUGGUUGUGGUAUUAACAAUCAAAUGAUCCAAUGGAUGGAAAAAAUUCAAAAUUCUGGUCAAUUGGAUGUCCCAAUUCCUAUUAAAUUGAAAAAAAAUGUUAAACCAAAGGUCGAACCGUGGAAGGGUGAACAAGAAACACCUGGACACAAAUAUUCUAGAGAAGCUAACGAACCUAAUAAUCAUCGAAGAACACGUAGAGCAACAAGACCAAAGGAAGACAAUAAAAAUACCUGCUCGUUGUUCAUACAAACGGAUCCUCUUAUUUGGCGGCAUAUUUCUGAACAGCUGCAUCACGACGCGGAAAAAACGAAAGAGGAAAUCCUCUCUUUGAUAGCGCAUCACGUAACAGCCGUGAACUACAUUUACAGAGACACCAGAUUCGACGGUAAAAUCGAGCACAGGAACAUCAAGUUCGAAGUGCAAAGGAUAAAGAUUGACGAUGAUACAGCGUGCACGCAACAACAAACUUAUGGUGAACCAAAUCCAUUUUGCAUGGAAAACAUAGACGUCAGUAAUUUUUUGAAUUUACACUCGUUGGGUAAUCAUGAGGAUUUUUGUCUCGCAUACGUGUUCACUUACAGAGAUUUUACCGGGGGUACGCUUGGACUUGCUUGGGUUGCAUCAGCUUCCGGUGCAUCAGGUGGUAUUUGUGAGAAAUAUAAAAUCUAUACUGAAACAGUUGGUGGGAUGUAUCAAACGACGAAAAGAUCAUUAAACACUGGUAUCAUAACUUUCGUCAAUUACAACAGCAGAGUACCACCUAAAGUUUCCCAAUUAACAUUGGCACACGAGAUUGGUCAUAACUUUGGAUCACCGCACGAUUUUCCACCAGAAUGUAGGCCAGGUGGUUUGAAUGGUAAUUACAUCAUGUUUGCUUCUGCUACGAGCGGUGAUCGGCCUAACAACAGCAAAUUUUCAAGAUGUAGCAUCGGUAAUAUCAGCAACGUUUUGGAUGCUAUUGAAGAUAACAAGAAAAGGAAUUGUUUUACUGCUUCCGCCGGUGCAUUUUGUGGUAAUAAAAUUGUUGAAGCUGGCGAGGAAUGCGAUUGUGGUUACGACGACGAUGAAUGCGUUGAUAAAUGUUGUUAUCCUAGACAAGUGUCGGAAUUGGCUAAGAUUAAAAAUGAAACUGCUAAAGGAUGUAGUAGAAAAUACGGUACACAAUGCAGUCCCAGUCAAGGACCUUGUUGCUCUAGCGAUACGUGCCAAUUCGUACCAUACUCUCACAACGUUCAAUGUAAAACAGAAUCCGAUUGCAGUUAUAAUUCUACGUGUAAUGGAAAAUCAUCGGAGUGUCCUGCACCAUUGCCAAGAGCCAAUAAAACAAGAUGCAACGAAGGAACACAGCUAUGUAUCAACGGCGAGUGUACAGGAUCCAUUUGUCUUGAAUGGAAUAUGACAGAGUGUUUUUUAACGAGCAACAUCAUUCCAAACAUAGACAAACGAAAACUUUGCGAGCUUGCUUGCCAGAAUGGUACCGAUCCAUCGACUUGUCGAAGUACAAGCGAGUUUGCUCAAGUCGUUGGCCUACCCGAUGGUGGAAUCAGUUUGAGACCUGGCUCACCAUGUGACAACUUUCAGGGUUACUGCGACGUAUUUUUAAAGUGUAGAGCGGUCGAUGCCGAAGGACCACUCGCACGAUUGAAAAAUCUCUUAUUCAAUAAGGAAACUUUAUCUACCGUGGCUCAAUGGGUAACUGCUAUCGCUUGGUUCCCACAGCUAGUGCGCCACCAAGUAGCAGUGUCACAGGGAACUACGGUCGUUCCAAUCACCCAGAAUUGUAUGCCGGUGCCUAUUCGAACACCGGGGCAGGAGUUACUCCUGGCAGAGCCCAGGCCUACGAGAUGAGGCAUCACAAUAAAGUUUGACGAUCCUAGAAUGCUGUUACACUCAGCAGGAGGCAUCGUUCUCGUAUCGUUCAAAUAACGUGCCCGGAUAUUUGUGAAACUAAUCGAUAAAGAAAAAGAAAAAUUAGAAGAAGAUAAAGAAGAAGAAGAAGUUGAAGAAGUUGAAGAAGUUGAAGAAGUUGAAGAUGAAAAUAAAGUAGUUGAAGUUGAAGAUGAAGAUUGCAAUAAGAAAAUAAAACGUCCGGCUAAUUGUGUGUUUUCGAUAAUGAUGAUAAUGAUGAUGAUAAUGAUAAUGCUAAUGAUGAUAAUGAUGAUGAUAAUGAUAAUUGAUAUUAUCUACAAUUUUGUACACAUGCUGUGGUGCUGUUGACUCUAUUAUAAACAAUUUCAUGUAAAGAUUUAGAGAAAAAAGCACCGCUGUAUGUGUGUCAUUUCAAAUCCAUAUUUACGUUUUUAAUAAACUAUUCGCGUGCUAGAGUGUAUGAAUGAUAAUGAUAAUGAUGAUGAUGAUGAUGAUGUAUGAUUGUAUGUAUGUGUGUGGUGGGACACCGUUAUACGUGCGUUAUCAUUGAAUGACAAAGUCAAAGUCAUAAAAUAUCGUUUUAAUGCUUCGUCUCUCAGUGUCUGUUGUGUGUACUUUGGAAAGAACGAAGCUAGAAAAAUAAUAAAAGGUAUAAAAUAGAAGUGUUUAAAAUAGGCCUUUGCGAACUUUGCGGAAGAAUCGAUUUUCAAAGUGGCAUAUGGUUGUGAGUUUUCGUAUCACUUUCCAUAAUAACAAACUAAAAUGGAAAACAAAGAAUGAAAGAAAGAAAGAAAGAAAGAAAGAAAGAGAGUAUGUAUCAUCUACUUAUUACUUAUAUCAAGCCCUUGGCAAAUGUAUAUAUAUAUAUAUAUAUACAUACGUGUAUACAUACAUAUAUAUAUAUAUGUUUUCAAAUAUUUUU